AUGCACAUAUGUAUGAAAGCGUCACGCUCGUCGUCCCCGUCGGCUGGCCGGGCGACACAGGCCGUCCGGAUGACCCUCGUCGGCCUGCUGUUAUCCACGCUCCCGCAACAGACAUGCGCCGCCUACGUCCAGGUCCAAGACUGCUACGAUCAGUUGUCCCGGAGCGGCGGCGACGGCGUCUCCCCGCUCCCGCGUCUUCACCUUGAGGGCCUCACGGCAUCGCUCGACGUCCACGAAGGCGCCGCCGCCGCGCAGCUCCGGCUGAACCUAACCGGAAGCCGACCAGGCCAGAAAACGUGCGACUUUCAACUCGCCCCGCGGACUCCCGGCAGUCUCCAGGUCGCCGCCAUGGGAGGCUUCGAGUCCUACGAAAACACGGCGGUCAACGUCUCCUGCAGGGCAUCCGGAAGCGCCGAGUCUGAACGGGCGCUCAUUACCCACGCGUUUGACUACAAGAUCGCCAGCCCCAAGACAUUGGAUAGCCUCGACGUAUCGCUCCAGCUCCGGGAUGCGAACGGCCUCUCCUACGCCUGCGCAAAGGCGCACGUAACCCCGUCGCUGAACCGGUCGCUCGCUGACGCCGCCCUCUACGCCCCCAUCGCCGUCUUCCUCGUCGUCCUCGCCGUCGCGCUCUGGCACGAAUCCUCCGACAUGGCCUCCCUCUCCGACAGCGUCCUCCAGAUUGGGCCCCUCAUGCGCGAGCCGACCCGCUCGCAUCUCACCCGCAUCGCCGAGUGCCUCUCUUACCUCCAGCAUGUCUUCUUCUCCGCCGCCCUCUCCCUCGACUAUCCGGGCUUCCUCCGCCCUGUGGCCGCGAAGGCGAGCUGGUCGACCCUCAUGAUACCCCGCGGCCCAAUCCUCACGACGUCCCCCUACUACGGCGUCAGGGACGGCAUCUACGAGGUCAACGGCACCUUCGGCGGCACCAACGGCCUCGAACUCAUGACGCAGGUCAUGGGCGCCCCUGUCACGAUGCGCACCUGGGCCAACGUCGCCUCUCUGUCACUGAUCCUCCUCGCGACCCUCGCGGCCCUCGUCCAGCUUGGCUACAGGCUGCCUCUGACCAGCGGCUUCCUCCGCGGCGAGUCGGCUCGCCGCCUCCGGGGCACGGCGGACUACGGCCUCCGGGGCACGGCCUGGACCGUCUUGCGCGUGUUCCUGACGUACUUCCUCGCCCCGAUCACCGCCUGGACGACGUAUCAGUUCACCUUCGCCGCCUUCCUGCCCGCGUACCAAGUCGCCGUCGCCGCCGUUGUCGUCGCCCUGCUCGCCGCCGCGCUGUGGUGGGGCAUCGUGCAGAACAGCCCGCGCAACCUGGGCUACCUGCUCAUCGACGCAUCUCCUAAGCACCUCCUCCAGACGCCGGGGAUCCUCUCGCGCAGCCAGGACCGGUACGCUAUGGCAGCUUUCGCGCUCAUGUUCGUCCGCGGCGCCGCGGCGGGCGGCUUGCAGGUCGCAGGGCUGGCGCAGCUCCUCGCGCUCGCCGCGUGCGAGGUCGUCCAGCUGCUCGUCGCCGGCUUCACCUGGCGCGUUUUCCCGCUGGCGAGGGUCGCCGGCUUGCUGACGGCGGCCAAGCUGCUCGUCUACUUCCUCUGCAUCGCCUUCCUUCCGGGUAUCGCCGGCCACUACGCGAGGGCUGUCGUCGGGCUUGUCAUCCUAGUGAUUCAUGCCGUAGUCUUGGUGGUUAUGUUCCUGCUGCCGUCCCUGUUCGGCGCCGGCGCGCUGCUCGCGCACUCUGUAUCCAAGGUUUUGGAUGCCAAGCAGAUAGAUGGAGGAGAAGGGCUGGAGCAAUACCGACUCGAUCAGCUUCCUCUUCCACGGCAGAUAAACGCCAGACGCGCCUCGUCACGUCUCUCUUUCGACGAGGCAGACCUGGGCCCCCGCAACCCGUCGAGUCUCCUUGUUUCACCUACGGCGAGCAUCAGAGCGCGCCCAGGCCACGACGACGCUGGGAGUUAUGUCUACUCACAUAGGCGCGGCAUCUCGUUUUCUUCGAGCUCGGAUGGAUCUCGUCCAUCCGUGGACGAUGUUGGCCUGGGAAAGGCAGAGGAGAGACCUGAUGGUCACGAAGGCGCCGGCGGCGAGGCCGAUCAUGAUUGUCCGGGACCUGCUCCGCGACAUCUUAUCCACGAUUAA